GGACCAAAGGGUCCCGAUGGAGAUACAGGAGCCCCUGGGCCUGUGGGAGACACCGGCUACCCCGGCGAUACGGGCUUCCAAGGCUUCACAGGUUCGACGGGUGCCACAGGCCUCCAGGGUUCGACAGGAGGAACAGGAGAUGUUGGAGCGACGGGAUUAGUCGGAUUCAAUGGACUGAAUGGUCAAGAUGGAAACAGUGGCAACCCUGGAGUUGAAGGGGUCGUAGGAGCAACGGGGGUUAAAGGUCAACCCGGAUUGAGAGGACCGAACGGU